CAUGCAAGUGUUGAAGUAGAAUAAGUGCAGCAAAGAUGGUGUCUAGCAUGAGAGCUUGUUUUGCUGCUGUUUUGGUCUUUUUAUUAGCUUCAAAUGGUUUCUUGAGUGAUGUGGAUGCCGCUGGUGAGUGUGGGAAGACGCCGAUAAGGUCUGCUGCAGCUAGCUUGAGCCCUUGUCUGACCGCGGUGGGGAAUGUUAGAGCUAGUGUACCUCCAGCUUGCUGCUCAAAAGUCGGUGCUCUAAUCAAAACUGCUCCAAAAUGUCUCUGUGCUGUUCUGCUGUCACCUUUGGCUAUGCAAGCUGGAAUCAAGCCAGGGAUUGCUAUCACAAUUCCAAAACGAUGCAACAUCAAGAAUAGACCUGUUGGAAAGAAGUGUGGAAGAUACACGGUCCCAUGAGAGAAUAAUACCCAGAAAGUACAAUCAAUGGAGGAGAACAAAGGCAGAUGGCAUGUGAGAGUAAAGAGUAUAGACUAGGGAGAGAGAGAGUCUGUGUGUUAAAUAAAAGUUGCCAUUCAGGGUCAUAUUCUGCUUAAGAAUUGGCUCAUUAAGGCAGCAGUUGAUUAUAUUUGUAACAUCAUGUCAAUGCUUUGCAGUGCUUAUAAUUAAGUUGAAGUUUAUUCCUAUA